UGUGGUGUCACGUGGCCUCUCUUAAAUUGCCGGAGUUGGCGGAGGAGCUUUGCAAACAAACUCAGACAGACGCACCAAUCACUUACUCCUGCACCUGCGCCGCGAAAAGCCGAGGAUGGACGCAGCAAUCAAGAGAGAAAACGGUGACAAUGGAAUAAAGCACAUGAGGCAGGCCUAUCUGGAGGAGAAGACCCAGAAGUCCGGCGUGCUCUCCUGCAUCUUCUCCCUGAAGGAGGAGGUGGGCGCCCUGGCUAAAGCUCUCAGGCUCUUUGAGGACAAGGGCAUCAACCUGGUCCACAUUGAGUCUCGCCCGUCCCACAUGAACAGAGAAGAGUACGAGUUCUUCAUCAACGUGGACACCACCUGCUCCAAGGCUCUGGACGAGGUCAUCGACGGACUGCGGCUGGAGAUCAGUGGACAAGUGCACGAGCUUUCUCGUAACAAACAGAAGGACACGGUGCCCUGGUUCCCCCAUGAGAUCCAGGACCUGGACCGCUUCGCCAACCAGAUUCUGAGCUACGGGUCGGAGCUGGAUUCUGAUCAUCCUGGGUUUACUGAUGCAGUCUACAGGGCCCGCAGGAAGGAAUUUGCCGACAUCGCCUACAACUACAGGCAUGGCCAGGUGAUCCCUUACGUGACCUACACGGAGGAGGAGAAGACCACGUGGGGCGUGGUGUUUAAGGAGCUCAAGACGCUGUACCCCACGCACGCCUGCCGCGAGCACAACCGCGUCUUCCCGCUGCUGGAGCAGUACUGCGGCUACCGCGUGGACAACAUCCCCCAGCUGGAGGACAUCUCGCGCUUCCUGCAGUCGUGCACAGGGUUCCGUCUCCGGCCGGUGGCAGGCUUGCUCUCCUCGCGUGACUUCCUGGCUGGACUGGCGUUCCGGGUCUUCCACUCCACACAGUACAUCCGCCACGAAUCCAAGCCUAUGUACACCCCAGAGCCAGAUAUCUGCCAUGAGCUGUUGGGCCAUGUGCCCCUGUUUGCUGACCCUAACUUCGCCCAGUUCUCACAGGAAAUUGGUCUGGCUUCCCUGGGUGCCCCAGAUGACUUCAUUGAGAAACUGGCGACGGUGUACUGGUUCACUGUGGAGUUCGGCCUCUGCAAACAGGGCUCAGAGAUCAAAGCCUACGGCGCUGGCCUGCUCUCUUCCUUCGGAGAAUUACAAUACAGCUUGACAGACAAGCCAAAAGUGCUUCCGUUUGACCCUGAGAAAACUGCGCUUCAGAAGUAUCCCAUCACAGAGUUCCAGCCCGUCUAUUUUGUGGCAGAGAGCUUUGAGGACGCCAAGGAGAAAGUCAGGAAGUUCGCCGGAACUAUUCCGCGACCCUUCACCGUGCGCUAUAACGCGUACACCCAGAGCGUCGAGGUGCUGGACAGCACGCAGGGGCUGCAGAAUCUGGCUGACACCAUCACAGGUGACAUGGGCAUCUUGUGCAACGCCUUGCGUAAACUGCACUAACCAUUACGUCGAACUAUGUAAAGAUACGGAUGUUGUUGUAUUGUGAGGAGUUUCGGUCAAUUGUGUGUGCCAAAAAAAAAAAAAAAAAAAUUAACCAACUCUUACCAUAUAUCCAAAUCCAAGCAUGUAUCAGCUUCACCACUUGCAAAUCUUUUAUAGUCUAUGGUGUGAUUUCUCACAAUAUAUCCCUUGCCAUGUACUCUAAUGUAGAAAGAAAUGUUCAUAUUGUAGUGUAUUGUAUUAUGUGUAGAGCAUGUAUGCAAACAAACGAAUAGUAUAUUCUGCAAUAUUUCAUAACGCUAUCGACACGCUUUUUUUGUAAAUAUACACAUUAUACUGUAUAUCUUUUAAACGCACUAAUCUGGCGAGUAAAUUCAAGCGGAAAUAUUUGUUCAUCGUAAUGGCAUGACUCACUCAAGCAUACAGAGAUAAAAAACGAAAAUUGUUUGCCUACCUUCAAAUGAUACGGAAGGUUGUCUGACUGUGUCUGUAGGGCUGGAGAUGAUAACUGUAAUUUAACAAAUUAGGGGGAGCCAUCAGAACGUUAUUCAUUAGGUUACUCCACCGUGCCUUUGAUCUUUUAGUAAUACUCGAACGAAUAUUUGCUUUUUUCCCCUUCUGCAUUUAUUUACAGUACACAAAAACAAGCACAUAAGCUGUGAAGAAAACGCACAACACAUGUAGUGAUUUGCAUUUAGUCCACGAUGAUAAUUAGACGUCAUCUCAUAUGUUUUAAAAUUAGUCUUAUUUCAAAUUAAUUUGUCAAUUGUUAGCAAUAGCAAAACGCUUUGGAUAAACUAUUAGGCUAUAGGAAUUAUUCUGUGGGCAAUGUGUUAGGAUGUGCAUGCAAUGUAGCUGAUUUAAGAAAUAAAAUAUUUUUCACUUUCA